UUGCUAGCAGCUACUCAGCUAGAUAACUAACAAAAAUGUUGCCUAACAUAAAAUCAUUGAGAAUGUUGCUUAACAGGCGAUUAAAAGCGGCUGUCGACGAGCUAUUCGGGGCAGUUGAAGCAACAAUAGCAGAGUACCAGCAAGAAUUAUGCCGUUCAAAAGAGGAGAAAGACCGAACGGUAGCAGAGUACCAGGAAAAAAUGUCCCGUUCGGAAGAAGAGAACGCCCGGCUACAGAGGCUGCUGGAUGUCGUUCUUAAACCAGAAAUAAAGUUACAGAGACUAGAAGACCUCCAGCAGCUCACUCUCUCCAUCUCUGAAGAGGUUUCUCCUGAGCAGCAGGAGUGUAGUCCCGGUCUGGGGCAGGAGGACCCUUCCCAGAUUAAAGAGGAACAGGAGGAACUAUGGGUCAUCAGUCAGAGACGAGAGCAGCUUCAAGCGAUGGAUUAUGAUACUGAUUAUACUGAUGAUUCUGCUGAUACAGAAGCCUUCAUAUCUACUGCCAGAGUAAAAGGUGACUGUAAUCAGAACCCAAGUCAGUCCUCACAUGUUUACCAAAUUUUAACCCAACGUGAAGAAAACACAGACAGGGAUGAGCUACCCAGCACCACAAUGCAAAUUGAACAGAUUAAAACAGAAAAUGUCAGUAACAGUGACUCUCAGCCCCCAUCUGCAGUCAAUUCAGACUGGUCUGAAACUCAGAGUGAGAGUGGUGAAAGUGUUGAUCGGAUGGAGAGUGAAGAACCUCCACUCAAGUCAAAGAGAACACAGACAGAAGUUGGACCAAGCUUCCAUGUCUGUACUAAAGUCAGAGAAUCCACCGAGUUGUCCCAUUUGAAAUCCCCUAUCUCCAGUAAUGCUGUUCGUCAUUGUAGAAUAUGUGCAAAACCUUUUAUCACGAUGACGUCUCUAGUGAUUCAUGCCCAUAGACAUAGACAGCUAUCUCGGUGUGGUAUCUGCGGAAGAACCUUUGAGUCUGUAGAAAGUUUGAAAGAACAUCUACAUUUUCAUGUUGCAAGUACAGGAUCACUUUCUUGUUACAUCUGUGGUAUACGUUUCACAGAGGAUGAGGAGGUUUUGCUGGAAGAGCAUAUGAGAAAUCACAAACUGAAACUGUAUCGCUGUCUUGGGUGUAAGGAACGUUUCGAUACUCGCCAGGGUCUGACAUUGCAUAUGAGCACUCACACCAGGACUCUUGAUCAGUAUUGAAAAUUGAAGACUGCCCUGACCUGGGCCUAUGACCUGCAGCCUGAGCCUUUACAAGCAGUCUUUUUUUAUUUUGAAAUUGUAAAAACAAUGUGAACGUGAGGGAGAAGUAGCCUAUAUUGUCGUAAUCAAACUUCAUUAAAACACGACAGCAGUUUUUGCUGAAGAAAUCACUCUGAUAAAAUGCUCCAGUUCCAUAUCCUAGUAAAGGAAGCCUGAGUGAGGCCCAAUGCAGUCUGUGUAUACGGAAAUGUCUUUUUUUAUAUCAAAUAAACUAUUGAAAGGAGAGUGUACCUUCUAAUGCAUAGUUACCAUAUGUACUCAAAAGGCUGGUUUCUCAGACAAAGAUUAAGCCUAAUCCUGGACUAAAAAGCACUUUCAAUUGAUAUUAAUCUCUAUUUUAAAAGGAAAAAUUAUAUCCACAAAUAUGUGCUAAGUGGCAUAAAAAAAUCUAAGUCCAGACACUUUGAAAGUUAAAAAGCCUUCAAUGUGGGCUAAAACAUUAAAAUACACCAACGUGUAUUGGUUUAGGCCUUCAUCAGGGUGUCCUUAGCCCCUAGUUGUGGUUAUAAUUUUUGCUUUUGCAUUAACAUUUCUCUGCAAGAGCACUUGUGGUUGUUUUGGAAUACGCUCCUGCUACUUCUUUUUCUUGGAGAUGAAUCUGUCUGAGAAACCAUCCCAACAUUUAUCAUGAAUGGCUAGAGAAAAGGUAGCUCACUUACUUGAUCACCACACAAACCACAGCCAACACAACCACCAUGUGAACCAGCAGAGCUGCCACCGCACUCAGAAUGGUGGUCAGAAGCAGGUCUUAGGAACAGGAACACACACACAGGUCAGUAUUCACUGAUAUCCCAUUAUCAACCCACUCACAUAAUAAUGUUUCAAAUCCGGAGGCUGAUAACACUUAUUAUACAAAACAUUAGGAACGCUCCAUGACAGACUGACCAGGUGAAUCCAGGUGA